UUACAUAACCUCAAAAGUCAGAAACGUCGAGAAGUUGAAAGCAGUUUAAUUAAUUUGCCUCAAGUUCCAAAAAAUAUCAAUCCAUUUUGCACUAUUUGUACUCCUACAUUUAAACCAAAAUUUAGAUUUUUACAGGAAACAAUGGCUUUGGUAUCAUAUGAUUAUGAAAGUGGUAGUGAUAAUGAAGAGCAGGAAGAACCCUCCAGUUCUUCAGAAGUUAUAAUCAAUAAAACAAAAGAUAAAGAAGAGAACAAUGAAGAAACAACUGACAACAAUGAGCUACCGGAAAUACUGUCACAUCUUCCUCAGACGAAAUCGACACCAUCGACAGUUAAUGUAACAGAAGAUAAAUUAGAAGACUUUAUUCCUAAAUAUGAACCUCCCCCCAAAGAGAAAAAAACUCAAAAAGUCAAAAUAACAAUUCCAAAAUUAUCAGAUUUCGAAGAAGAUGAAGAGGAACCAGAAAAGAAGAAAAAGAAAACCGCUGCAAAAAACAGCGGUUUGUUAUCAAUACUGCCACCUGUGAGAGGUUCACCAUUGUCCACCAAAAGUUUUGUACCUAACGUCUUAAAAAAUAAGCCUCCAGUUACUGAAAAAUCUAAGGCAAACAGCAUGGUUCCCCAAGCGGUAAAGAAAAACGCAGAAAUGGCCAAAAAGGCCGUAAUUAAGAAGAUUACAAAGGGUUCAAGCAGUGACAUCGAAAGCGAUGACGAUAUUGAAGUACCUGAAACGUUUGAUGACGAAAUGUGGCAGAAAGUUUGUGGAAGAAACAAUAAACCUAAGCCUCAAGUCGUAAAGGCUGAAGAAGUUCCAGUAACUCCAGUAAUAAACAUAGCUCCAGAGCCAGAAAAACCUUACGACGGUUUAGAUAAUGCUGCUUUUAAAGAGUUGGUCGGAAAGGCCAAACGACCAGUUAAUAUUAAACUUGUGGACAUAAAUGAAGAAGAAAUAUUGCCUGACAAAGAAAUCUGGAUGACCAAAUCAUUAACAGACCCUGACAGUGCUCCUAAACCAGUCAUAGAAGAACCAGUCGAUCCCACAAGGAAGAAGAAACACCACAUUACAUAUUUGGCUGAACAGGCGAAAUUAAACGAACAAGAAUUUCAAAGUCAAUGGUCCUCAAGUAAAUACGCUCGAAAUCAAACACGGGCAAAAUACGGUUUUUAAUAUUAUAUACCUAUGUAUUAAUAAAGAUUUUACAUUAAUUGUCCUAUA